UCUUUUUUGUUUAGCUACGCCACAGGGGGAGAGCUGGCCAGGUGCGAUGAAGCCUAGGUGACUGGCGCAGCAAAUCACGCUCGAAAAAACAUCUGAAAUGAAUAGAAUCCCCCCCCCAUGAUCGACUACGUCUUAAGACCCGCAGGGAGCCGCCGCGAGCGGGGACGAGACCACCGCGACCCCAUCGCGGGGCUCAGGUGCGCUGGGCACGACCGCCGCAGCGGGCCGCGGGGUGCGCAGAAGGAGAAGAAAAGGAGAGACGAGAACGAGGAUGAGGGCAAGUGCACUCUGCGGAAAGGACUGAGGGAGAGGGCGCUGGUUAGUACGUGCCAGUGCAAAGCCCAACAAAGGCCCCGCUGCCUGCGACCGCCGGCAAAAUCAGCACACCGCCUCGUGCCGUGGAGCUCGAGACCGACACACGAGCAGCACCAUGAUACUGAGUGUACCCACCAUGGUCAUGUGGAGCAUCGGGGCAUCUGCAUCGGAUCAGCGUCAUCAUCACCCUUGGAGCGGGAGCGCCCCAGCACCGCACUCCGCCAGGGCCUCUACAAGCAAGGCGGAGAGAGGAAACUACUCCACGGGCGCGCACAGGCGACGCGCAGGGUGCAGUCGCAGGCGCCACGGCGCUGGAACAGAGGGCGCACUGCAUGUCUCGCGAGCGCCACUCACCCCA